UAAAUCUCAUCUGUGGUCUACUUUCAAUAAUGUUUUGUGUGUUGACUUCGAUUGCUUGUUUUGCAGAAUAUUUUUAAUUUUAGGUUUUAUUUAUUAUAAUAAUCCAACAAAAUGGCAUCCAUAAAAAUUUUAAUAUUUUCGUUUAUUAGCAUUUUUGUCCAAACUGUUUUGGCUCAAAGAUCUCCAACUAUCUCCUACAUAAGUCAACAGCAAAUUAAAGAUAUUGGUGGAACUGUUGAAUUAUCAUGCUCUGUUCAAUAUACCCAAGACUACUCUGUACUAUGGAUAAAGGCUGACCCUAAUGGAGGCUCUUAUAGUUUGCCUAUUUCAACAGGAAGUUCUCUGAUUUUACAUGAUUCUAGAUUUGCUCUACGUUAUGAUACGGCCAGCUCAACAUAUACUCUUCAAAUCAAGGACAUACAGGAGACAGAUGCUGGUUACUAUCACUGUCAAAUAUUGAUCUCUCCAAGUAACAGAGUUUCAGCAGAAGUAGAACUUCAAGUAAGAAGACCUCCAUUCAUUUCUGAUAAUUCCACCAGAUCAGUUGUAGUUUCAGAAGGAGAAGCUGUUCAAAUGGAAUGUUAUGCUGGGGGCUAUCCUACCCCUAGAAUCACUUGGAGAAGAGAAAAUAAUGCAAUUCUACCAACUGGUGGUUCAAUAUACAGAGGUAAUGUGUUGAAGAUCAAAUCCAUAAGGAAAGAAGAUCGAGGAACCUAUUACUGCGUUGCUGACAAUGGUGUUGGAAGGGGUACUAAGAGAAAUAUCGCUGUGGAAGUCGAAUUUGCUCCUGUGGUAACAGUACCCAGACCUCGUCUUGGUCAGGCCCUCCAAUACGAUAUGGACUUGGUUUGCCAUGUAGAGGCCUACCCUCCCCCUGCAAUUUCCUGGGUGAAAGACGAUGUCCUAUUGAACAAAAACCAACAUUACGAUCUUUCUCAUUUUGCUACUGCUGAUGAGUUUACCGAUACCACCCUUAGGGUGAUCACUAUCGAAAAGAGACAGUAUGGUCAAUACAUUUGCAGAGCUGGAAAUAAACUUGGUACAGAUGAAGGGGUUGUUGAGUUAUUUGAAACUGUGAUUCCUGUUUGCCCCCCUGCUUGUGGCCAAGCUCGUUAUGGAGGUGGUGCUGCCUCUUUGGCUAGUAGCUCUGCAGCUUUGAUUCUACUAAUCAUCAUUUUAUUGUACAGGAAUGGAAUUCAUACAAUUUUGGUCCUCCACAUGGUGAUCCAGAGCUUGAGUGGAAAAUGUUCGUAUUCAAAUAGUAUUCAAGCAGAAUGUAUUUCAGUAGAAGAAGAACAGUUAUUUGCAUUCAUGAGAAAUCUUGGACCCUGCAGCUUAGAUUCACUCAAAAUUGAGAAUUCUUUCAUUCCUCUCAUAGAAAUUUUUCCAGUCGAGUGCAGAAGGUUGAAUUCACUUACUAUAAGAAAUUCAAGGAUACGCUCAAUUCUUGAUAUCGAUGAAGGAUUAGGAGGAUAUAAAUAUUUAUAUGAGUUGGACUUGAGUUUCAAUGAUAUUAGAGACAUGAAUUUCUUGGGAAACAUAUCAAAUCUAGAUAGAGUUGUCAUGCAUCACAAUCAGAUAGAAUUUUUGAAAAAAUCAAAUUUACAAAGAAUUGUAUAUUUAGAUUUGAGUUACAACAAUAUCAAGAAUUUUGAUCAAUUAAAAUGGACAAAUUAUGAAUUGACAACCCUUAAUCUUAGUCAUAACGCGUUAGAAAACAUAGGAGGUUUACUGAUCGAUUUGCCGAAUGUUGCAAUAGUGGAUUUUAGUAAUAAUAAAUUAAAUACUCUGAUCGCUAAGGAUUUAAAAAAUUCAAGAAACAUAAAAAUCUUGAAUCUUCAGCACAACAAUAUUGUCUCAUUUCAAUUUGAAAUGCUCUAUCACAGCAUGUCAUAUGAAAAGUCUAUAUUAGAUUUAUCCUAUAAUAAAGUUAGAAUAACAAAAGAACUAUUGUCUAAUUUGAGCAGAACUUACUCUACUUUGUUUUUUGAAAAGAAUGGUUUGCAAGACUUGAAUUUUUUUUUGUCGAACGAGAGUAUAAACAUUUUCGGUGAUUCCUUUAUAUUUCAUAAUAACAAAAUAAAAAUGUUGCAUCCCCUUAACUUCAAAGGUAUCAGAUUGAAAAAACUCGACUUAUCUUCUAAUGAAAUCGAACAGAUUCUUCCAUCCACAUUUGAAGGUUCAAUUUUGAACGAGUUGUGUCUCGAUCGAAACAAGAUAAUGACUCUGCACUCUUCCAGUUUUUUCGGUUUGUCUGGUUUAAAUCGAUUGAAUUUAUCAUUUAAUCCUCUGACAACUAUAGAUGGUCCAGUUUUCAGGACGUUAAGUUUAUGGUCACUCGAUCUUUCUCACUGCCUUCUGAAAAAUUUACCUCAUGGUCUUUUCGAAAAUAUGUCACUUGAUGAAAUAUACUUGAAUCAUAAUAAUAUCGAAUCGAUAGAACUUAAAACUUUUCCAUCGUUAAAAAUUCUAGAUUUGAGCAAUAAUAAAAUAAAGAGUCUGCAGCCGAACAUUUUCUCUGGUAUAAAAAUUACCACUUAUUUGAAUUUAUCUGACAAUCCGAUCAAAUCUUUGAAGAACGUUUUCGAUAAUACUGAUAUUAAUAAUGUUACUCUGACUGGAAUAUCAUUAUCUGCGUUGUCAGAAAAAGACUUAACAGGCUUGGAUAAAUUGAAAUAUUUAGAUCUGAGCAGAACUGGAAUCGAAGAUCUAGGCAAUAACACUUUCGAUCAAUUAUCUUUGAAAACCCUUCGUUUGGAUGAUAACUCAAUUCGGAUAAUACCCAGUAACUUCUUCAAUUUUAAUGAUAAGUUAGUCUCCUUAAGUAUGAUACGAAAUCCUAUUUCGAUAAUUCCACUAGAUUCUUUUAGUCAUAAAAUGAAAUUAACGUAUCUGUACUUAACAGUACAUGGUAAAAUUUUGAAGAAACGUUUUUUCAAUCUGAUAUUUUUGAAAGAAUUGCACAUAGUCCAUUCUCAAAUAACGGAGCUACAUAAGUAUAGUUUCAAGGGUUUAGUAAACCUGAAAAAGCUCAACUUCAAGAAUUCAACGAUAUUGAAAAUCGAACCUGGUGCUUUUGUAGGAUUGAGAAAUGUUGUGGAAUUUGACACGGAAAACUUAUUCGCCAAUGUUAGCUCUUUGAAAACGAAAACGUUCAUUGGUUUAGACAGUUUAGAAUCUUUGAACUUCUCCAAGGUCGGAAUUGGGAUUAUUGAAGAUGGUGCCUUCAUUGGUCUCGACAGUCUUCUUAAUUUGAACCUCAGUUAUAAUAAAAUCGGAAAAUUGCCGAAGAAUGCUUUCAUGGGAUUGAAAAAACUGAAAAUAUUAGAUCUCUCCAACAAUAAUUUAACUGGAAAAGAAUCCACGUUCCCCAUUGGAACUUUCAGGGAUCUAGUAGAGUUGACCGACUUACAUCUUCAACAUAACAGAAUCAUCAAAUUUCACAUUGGGGAGUUUUCCAAUAUGAGAAACCUGAGAUUUCUCAAUUUAUCUCAUAAUCAACUCAGCUAUCUGGACCGGCAUCUUCUCUUCCCGCUGAGAAAUCUUGAAGUCCUCGAUAUAAAUUCAAAUCACGUGAUAAAAUUCGACUAUCAUUUCACAUUCAAACACCUACCGAUGUUGAAGACGAUUGGUAUAGGCGAGAACAAGUGGCCAUGUGAGAAUAUGACCAUAAUGCUGAGCACUUUUGAAGAAAAUGGAGUCGAUUACCGUCGAAUAAGUAAGCUGGAGUUCGAGGUUGAAAAUAUCGGUGGGAUUUAUUGUGUACAUGUUUGUAACUAUUUGUAUUGUCCAACUGAAGAAGAUCUGAUUCUGACCAUUUAACAUUAUUAAUAAAUAUGUUAUGAACA